AAUAUCUAUGUCAGUCUGUUCUGCUAAGUGUUCAGUUUAAAUAAUAGUGUCUUUAAUGACAUGUCUAUAAGAUAUAGAAAACGGGAAUUCCCAGAAGCUACGUGCGACGUGUCAGUCCAGUGAGUUGGUUAUGUCAGACACACUGUCAGUGUUGUGCUGAGGUCGCUCGUAGGGUUUUUGUUUUGUGAGGCUGAAAACGAUUGCUUAUCUAAAGACAUUUUGUCACCGAUACACCUGUAACUAACGCGCAUCAUACAUUAGUGCAAAGGUGUAAGGUGUCAAUUUUGAGUCAAGUGGAUCACGCCAUUUUGCAGAUUAGUCUUUAGCGAUGGCGGCAGUAGUCCAGGCGCAUGAAAGAGAGUGUGCCGUGUGCACGCAUGACUUCACCACACCAAAGAUUCUACCCUGUGGUCAUCUCCUGUGUCGACAAUGUGUCAUUUCCUGGAUGGACUCAAAAUCCGACGCUGGCUGUCCUCUGUGUACCUGUCCUAUAGUGGAAAAUCAAGGCAAUUUAUCUCAAAUCGCAGCUGAUGUUGUCGACGCCCUGCCUACAGACUCUGUGAUGGAAGCGAUAGUAGAAAGUGCGAGUUUACUGGUGAAAUGUGAGAUGUGUACUGUAUGUGAUGACCUCAAAACUGACUACAUCUGUAUGCAGUGUCUUGAAAAGAUGUGUCUAUCGUGUAUGAAGAUACACAAGAAGAUGGCAGCGACCCGCACUCACGAUGUGGAGAGUGUCAGCACUGUGACACCUGAACGUCUGGCUGCCAGUCGCCCUGCACUGUGUGCUGACCACGUCACAGAGAAGGCGGAUUUUCUUUGUGUUGAUCACAACAUUGCUAUCUGUACACCAUGUGCUUCCAAAAAACACAAGGUCUGCCCAGAUGUCAAGUCUCUGGAUGAAAAAAUGAAGUCAGCUGAAGACGCAUUUGGUUCAUUGAGAGAAAAGUUGCUUGAAGCAGAGGACAACCUGAAGCAAGAAAUAUAUAAUAUUAAUAUGCGCGUGCAAACAGCGGAUGUCACUGAACAACAAAACAUGGCGCUGGUGGAUAAGACAUGUGACCGACUUCAGAAGAUGGUGGACGAGUGUCGGAAACAAGUGAAGAAACUGAUCAGUGAUUCUGUGUCAAAGUUCAAGAAAUCCUUGUGUGACGUCAAAAGCGAGCUGGAGAAAAGUUUAGGGAAAGUGACGUCACACACACAUCUCGUGACGCGAGCCACAGCAGUCAGACCGCGUCCCGCGCUGAUACACGCAGCCCAGACUCUGACAGACAGGGUCAACAGCCUUGACCUCAGUGAUGAACUGAACGCAGAGCCUUGGGUGAAUCCAUCGUCAGAGAUAACCAAACACUGUGACGAUGUGGUGAAAGUAAUAUGCGAUGAGCUAAAGAGCAUCAACCAAGAGAUGGUUGUUGUUGAAAGACCAGUCCUUGUGUUCCACGAACACUGCGGAACCAACAUUCGUUUGACAAACUUCAGAAAGACCGCACGUAAGGCUCGGCAUUACGAAUACGGCAGCGGUGUGGUCGUGUCACGUGACGCCAUGGCUGUGAACGUCUUGUAUGAAAAACCAGUCCUUGUGUUCCACGAAACCUGCGGGACCAGCAUUCUUCUGACCAACUUCAGAAAGACCGUACGGAAGGUUGAGCCUGACACGUACGGCGACGGUGUGGUCGUGUCACGUGACGCCAUGGCUGUGAAUGUCUUGUAUGAAGUCAGAAUAGACGAAAUAAAUACGCCAGCCAAAUGCAAUGUAUUCCUUGGUGUGACGAGAGUUCUACCUUCACAGCUCACUCUGCGGACGAGACCUUAUGACCUGAAAGAUUCCGUCAUUUUUUGGAAAACUGGAGUGCGCGUCAAGGAUAUCGAUGUCAAGACUAAUGUCGCUGAAGCUCUCAAAUUCCUGGAAGUCGGGAGUCGUGUUGGACUGUUGGUGGACUCAUCAAACGACCUUCACUUUUACGCUGAUGGACAGGACCAGGGUGUUGCAGCAAAAGAUGUUCCUUGGCCCUGCUUCGCCUUCUUUAACCUUCACUACAAUGUCAGUCAGGUGACAGCACUUCCCACUUCCAGGAGGACAUGAAGCGCAUGUGACAAUGAGAGACAAUAACAACAGCGAUAACACUUAUGUUAUCUACGACGACAUCGAGUCUGGCAAUGAUUUUAUUAGUUGACUCUACCCUUUGCUACUGUUUGUUAAAUAACUGAUGUAAAGAACUUGCUAAAACAAAAAACACAAAUAGAAAUAUAGCUCUGCACACUACCUAACCGACUCAAACAAUAAACUUUAUCUUAGCUGAUAUACCGUGCACAUUUUCUUUAUUUUUUUUCUAGUUAAUAUCUUCUUUUGUGGGACACGCUAUAGCAAGAAAGGUCAAGCUACAUUUACAGGACUUUAUCAUAGGUAGAGACUAUUUACAUUUGUGUGCUUUUAGAAAUGUUUAAUAGAAAUACCUUAUGUAUAGAUUAAGUUUUAAUUUACCAAGUCAUAUAUCAUUUGUUGUGUGGUUAUUUUUUGUGCUAGCUGAUCUCGUGACCAUUUACUUCAUAUUUUGUUUUAUUGACUACCUUCUUAUGUGUGACUCGUUACAGCGAGAAAGGUCAUGCUACAUGUACAUGAUUUUAUCACAAGUAGACACAUUUUGGAUGUUGGAGACUCAUUGUUACACGUUUCACUCUUUUUCUGUUUUAUAGACAUCAAUGAAUAAAACCUCUCAUUAGUUUUAUUACGUCCUCCUCUUUCCUCAGUUGUCUUCUCUUGCAAAUGGACUGAAUAACAUAAAUAAACAAUAAAUGUAAAUGGAUACUAUAACUAGUGUGGCAAUGUGUCGCGUGGUAUGUUGUCAUUGAAACUUUUACAUAGGUACACCAAAUUCAGGUUCUCACUACAUUGACAUAAAAAUUAUGUUAUUGAUAUUUUUCUAAUUGCUUUGUAAAUAGGUUUAUUUGCCAUAUCUACGUUUCCAUUUAAUAAUGUUUUUGUUGAGAAGAAACAGCAGAAAAUUAUGUCUUCCACAAGGAACAAAUGUGGAGAAGGUCGUCAUUGGCGAGACCAUCCUGUAUUCACUUGCACUUAAAAGGUGAAGUAUGAUGAAAGGUUAUUCCCUGUUGUUGAGUUUAUGUGAAGGGAUCUGAAUACACCUGUGCUUGUCACACUGGAACUUAGCUUUAUGGAACUAUAUUCAUCUUGGAGUCUCAAUUUCUUUUUCUAAUUGACAUAUAACUGGGGAACAAAAGUAUUGUGGGAACUUCGUUUUAAUUUAUAGUUUUAGAAAGAGGACUGUUAACAGCAUUACUUUAUUAGUACAUGUUAAACAUGAAAUUCAAUAAAAUGUACAAAAAAG